UUUUGCAAAGCUGCUGCGAACAAUUAGAAAUCCCUUAUCACCUCAGCCUGGGGCCUCUUGCAUCUUGUUCCCCUCCCUUGGGAUCCCUUCAGGAUCCUCUCCAGGGCCAUACAUCUCCUCCAAGGCUCUCCAAAGGAACUGUUUCGUCUUCUAGAUGCCUUCUUGAGCCUGCUUGUGUCCACCCACAGACACUUGUAAGGAGGAGAGAAGUCGGCCGACCAGUGACACUCUGAUAUGAGGGAAUAGAGGACAGGAUCCAAGGAGCAGGAGCUCCAGCCUAAAGACGAGAGAGCAGGCCCUGAAGACACUUCUACCGAGAGGUCUGCAAUGGCCUCUCUUGGCCUUCAAGUUAUAGGCUACAUCCUGGGCCUUCUGGGGCUGUUGGGCACCCUGGUUGCCAUGCUUCUCCCCAGCUGGCGAACAAGUUCUUAUGUCGGUGCCAGUAUUGUGACAGCAGUCGGCUUCUCCAAGGGCCUCUGGAUGGAGUGUGCCACACACAGCACAGGCAUCACCCAGUGUGACAUCUACAGCACCCUCCUGGGCCUGCCCGCUGACAUCCAGGCUGCCCAAGCCAUGAUGGUGACAUCCAGUGCGAUCUCCUCGCUGGCCUGUAUUAUCUCUGUGGUGGGCAUGAGAUGCACAGUCUUCUGCCAGGACUCCCAAGCCAAGGACAGAGUGGCAGUAGUGGGAGGAGUCUUCUUCAUCCUUGGCGGUCUCCUGGGUUUCAUCCCUGUUGCCUGGAAUCUUCAUGGGAUUCUGCGGGACUUCUACUCCCCACUGGUGCCAGACAGCAUGAAAUUUGAGAUUGGAGAGGCUCUUUACUUGGGCAUUAUUUCCUCCCUGUUCUCCCUCGUAGCUGGAAUCAUCCUCUGCUUUUCCUGCUCACCCCAGGGAAAUCGCUCCAACUACUACAAUGCCUACCAGGCCCAGCCCCUCGCCACUAGGAGCUCUCCAAGACCUGAUCAACCACCCAAAGUCAAGAAUGAGUUUAACUCCUACAGCCUGACAGGGUAUGUGUGAAGAACCAGGGACCAGAGAUGGGGGGUGGCUGGGUCUGUGAAAAGCAGUGGACAGCCCUCCCCCCCCCAACCCCCUGUCCCGCCAGGACCACAGGUGAGGGACAUUGCCAUUGCCACUGGAUCAUGUCAGAAGGUGCUUCUGAGGAUAGACUGACUUUGGCCACUGGAUCAAGAGAAGGCAAAAAUGGGAGCUGCUGUGACAGCUUCCAGUUUGAAUUGUCAAGAUGCUUGCCAAGCCAGCCUUUCUGUUCCCUUCAUCUUGGUCCAACACCCCACACCCUGAGUCCCCAAACCCUCAACUCCAAACCCACCUUCCUGCUCUAGGCCAGGCCCCACAGGCUCCCUUCUGCCCUUUGGUUUACCUGGGAAUCCAUCCAUAAACUCACUAAUUAUAGCCUAUUGACUGAUGCUUUCUGUGAUCAAAGACCCUCUCUCUGACUGAGAUUGGCUCUUAGCUCAUUGCUGGAGGAUGGCAGAAGAAGGAGUAGUGGCUUUUAUGAAAAUGGCUCUAACCUCCUUCUCAAUCCUCCCUCCAAAUAAACGGAUUGGCCAGUAAUGGGCCCUGGCGCUCUCGCACUCUUGUUAUGUCUCCAAGUGUCCAGACUGGCUUCUGCAUGAACAGAAAUAGAGCCAUCCCACCUGUACCGAGGGAACAGAGAGCAACUAGAUGCAGGACGUGUGGGAGAGAAGGUAGCUGAGGACCCAAAAAGACCAGAACCACUGCCUAGGGCAUUUCUUAGAAUUCCCUCGCACUUGUGGGUUGGAGAUGUAGCCCACAGCUAGAGGAAAGCACAAGGAAAGAAGAUACGGUGGAAAGCUCCAGGCAGCAGCAGACCGGCUCCACUGAGGAACUGCCUCAGGAGCUGCAGCCCCGUCUUUCACUGAAGCUCCUGCUCCCCUGUGGCGCCCCUGACCUGGCCUCCUGCUAAACAACAAUGCUAAGGGCCCUACACAAUUGUUUCCUGAGGAAUGGGAAGCUAUUUUUUUUCUAGAGACAGCCCUUAGCUGGAGGAUGACAGUGUGGGAGCUGUGGAGGACUGUGAAUAAUACCACUCCUAGAUGCUGCCCAAGAAAGAAUUAGAACUUUGGUAUCUCAGAAGCUGGGUGGACAUGUGUGGUGGCUCCAGUCGAUAUUUCUACUAGGCCAGAGAGUGGCAGCCCCCCCCCACAACAGAGAGUCUUCAAGCCUAAUGGCAAAUCCACCCAAAGGCUGAGAUCGGGCUCUUGGGGUCCACCCAUAGAACCCAACAGAGACUGAAAGACCGCAGCAUCAGGCGGGCCUCCUGUCACCCUUCAUAUUUCUCCCAUCAUUCUUCACCAGAAAUUCCGGUUGCUAGAAGUCAUCCAAGGGCUUCAGCAUAGAAUAAGCAAGCCCAAGGAGCUGCUCUGAGUGGUAGCUGAGCUGCUGCCUGGGAUUUCAGAUGAGGUCGGAGAGUAUAGAAAAUAGUGCCAGGCAGACUGCUCCAAGGUCUGAAAAUGUCCCAUUUCCCCUGGUGUGGGGCAGGGGUGGAAGUCAUAAACAAACCAAAGGCAUUUUCCCCUCAUCAGCCUAAGCAUGAGCAACUUCUGACAAAGUCCAGUACACCUCCUCAAACCUCAGUGCCAGCAGAAGGGGCCCAUUUAUUGUCUCUAACAUGCCUUGCACAUUUCCACUUCCUAGCCUCAUUAAGCUGCUCUACCAAGCUGGAAGGCCCUCUCCCCUUUGCCAAGUCUUCCUCACGCUUGAUGAACUUGCUCAGUACCGCCUCCUUCACUGAGCCGCCUCUGACCACUCCAUCCCUCUCCUACCCCUCCCUCAAUGUACAAAUCACGUCUUUAAUGCUUAUCAUUCAUUACUUUUGAUGCAUAGUUAUAUUUUCAUGUGUUUAUAUCUGAUUUCACAAGUACACUGUAAACUUUUCGAGGGUAGAAGCCAUAACUUAGACCUCUGUGUAUCCUCCAGACUUAUAGACAAAGACUGUGUGGAAGAGUGCUGGGCACACAGCGGAUGAUCA